UAUUGGAAAUAAAACAUGGCGCCCCCCAAUCCAGCAAGUGAAACAGAUCUGUAUGAAAUACUCGGUGUCCUUCUAGAGGCUACUCCAGUCGAGAUCAAGAAAGCUUACAGGAAGAAAGCUCUAACGUGCCAUCCGGACAAAAAUCCAGACAACCCUGCAGCAGCCAAGCAGUGGGAGGAGCUCUCUAAUGCUCUACAAAUCCUCACAGAUUCUGAAGCAAGAGCUGCCUAUGACAAAGUUUUAAAGGCAAAGAAGGCAACUGAGUUGAGAAACCGGGCUCUCGAGAGUAAACGAAGGAAAGUCAAAGAAGAUCUUGAGGCUAGAGAAGCAGCAUACAGAGAUGAAACAGUAAGCCAGAGUGAUGCAGCACAGAAGUUGGCACGAGUGAUCAAGAAGUUACAAGAAGAGGGUUCUAGGGUCCUGGCUGAGGAGCAGAGGCUACUCAAGGAGCAACUCAGGACUGGGAACAGUCAAACACAGGAUGGAGAUGAUCCUCCAAGACUUAAAAUCAAAUGGAAGAGCAAGAAAACUGGUGAGACCAAUGGUGGUUAUAGUUAUGACAUCUUAUACAAAGCUUUCCAAAAGUACGGCCCAAUAGCCAACCUCCUUGUGUCAAGCAGAAAGAAUGGAAGUGCCGUUGUAGAAUUUGGAACGUCUAAAGCAGCAGAACUUGCAGUAAGGAAUGAGAUAGGGCUAAGCAGUAACCCACUGCAGCUAUCAUGGUUGUCUGGUCAGCCGACUGUCUCAAGAGUUUCACAAGGAUCAGAUGAUUUGUUAACACAGCAAUCUGUAAGCGCCACCGAAUCAGACUUUGAAUCCUUAGUCUUGGAGAAGAUGAGAAAUGCGCAGCAACAAAAGAAGACAUCGAAUGUUAAACCAAACUCUGACAAGGCAAGAACUUCUCCAGAUGGGUCCGAGAGCAACAUCACUACCUCCUGUGAUUCAGAGUCAACUCCUAAAACAUUUUCUGAGGAAUCGUCACCAUCUGUUUGUUCUCCAAUGAGCUCUGAACGAAAGGAGAAGAGCCAAUCCAACGGUAGUUUUAAAACACCUUCAUCAACUGGAGGUGAAGCGAAGGACUAUGAAAGUUUAGUGUUGAUGAGAAUGAGGCAAGCCCAGGAAAGGCAGAGACUUAUAGAGCAGAUGGCAAAAGAAGAUGCUCAGGACUCAUAGCUAAUCCAUAGGGAGGGAAAUAAAUAGUGUCUUAAAGCGUGGGUUAUGCUCUAAAGGUUACAGGCCUGGUACUCCACGAAGGCUUUGAAGGUGAUUACCUUCAUGCCCCCUGGUCAUUGUCUUGGCCUUGGUGCCCUUGAAAUGCUCCAGUAAAAAUUUACAAUUUCCUCAUAAGGUGCCCUUAACAGAGGAGAAAAAUGCCCUGGUGCUCUUACCCUUUCAAAAACGAAGCAUACAGGCCCAAGGUUGGGUCACAGAUUGACAAGUACUCCCUAAAUUAAUUACUAUAAAACUUACUUUGUGAGCACUGCAGCUAUUAAUAGUAUAAACUGUUUUGUGAAAGGAUUCCCCAUGAAGUAAAAAGGUUUGGAUAAUUUGUUACCCCAAAAAUAUUUGAAUCUGAGAAAGGAUUCAAGCAUUAAUCGUUUCACAGAUUUCUGAGGAUUGGUGUCCGUUUUCUAAUGCUGCGGCCAUAUAUGAAGUUGGUACUCGAUGCCUAAUUGCUUUUAUUUUUAUCUUGGAUGAACGGCCAUGUUGUUUGGAGAUAAAAAAAAGUCUAAAAGAAUUGAAAGAGAUUUGUAUUCAUUAUGUUUGAUGUGUUUGUUUAUGGAACAUGCACUCCUACAAGAAGCUGGCUUGAUGUAUGAGUUUAGAUGUUAGGCUUUUUGAUAAAACCUUUCCAGCCACUUCAUUUUCAAUACUGAUAACUUUUUGCUUGUAAUCUUGUCUCACUAAGGAAGUACCAGCCGUGGAGGGCAUAAAGUGGAGUUUCUUAUCAAUUCUUAGCCUUGUCCAAGGACGGUGGCACUAUUGCCUGGGAAAAGGUUUGCACUGCUCAAGUGGCGUUCACCAAUGGUAUGGCUGCAUCAAUUCAAUUCAUCUUUCCUAAACCUUUCCUUGAUUCAAUUCAACUUUUCUUCAUUCAAUUCAUCUUUGGGAUGUCGUGGCCGAGCGGAUAUGAGAACCAAACUCAAGCUCUUGUGUUUCUGUUCAGCAUAGUGUGGGUUCAAGUUCCGGUCGCGACACUUGUGUCCCUGAGCAAGACACUUGCAAGAAACUAUAAUUGCUUUUCUCCACUCGGGGUUAAAUGGCUACCUGUGAGGGCAGAGAUGGUUCUUGUGAUCGAUUUAGCUUAGUGUGCUACAUAUUUAACAGCUUAGGCUGUAUACUCCCCAGGGAGCUGAGAGUGUUUAAGGAAUGAAUUAAAUGGUCCAGUGACCAUGGGUAAUAAUGUUGGAAGUGCUUUGAGGCGUCCUUCAGGUGUAUGAAGCAGUAUAUAAAAAACUAUUCUUAUUAUUUUCCUAAAUCUUUCCUCAUUUCACUUCAUCUUUCCUAAAGCUUAAACAACAACAAAUUCAAAUAAGAGCACCAUUGUUUAUUAAUAAAUAAUCAAAUUUAUUAUGAAACUUCUUAAAAUAAAAAUAUCAGAAGAUUUCAACGAUUUAGAGUAGAAAAAUUAACACAAAAUGAGCACAAACUCAAUGGACUAAAAAUGAUAACAAAACUUACCACCCAAAAAGUUGAAAAAACAAGUUAAGUUUGUGGAUAACUAUGGAGUUCUGAGCUUGAUGUCACAAAUCACUAAGAUUUGAAUUAUGAUGAGUUGUCAAUAAUUGCCAUGGUGAUUUGUUCUAUGACAUCACACUUUGCUUAGCGAUAAAGGUUGAGUUGCAGCUCUCUCUGAAAUUGAGCACUGGUUGACUAGCUAAGCAUUACUCUUGAGAGUUUGGUAAGAGUACGCUGAUCAAAAGUUGUUCUGCGCUAGCUUUUCUCAUGUCUAAAGCGAUUCACAAGAUGUUUCCAUAGGGCUGCCACAAACUUAUUUGAAAACCUGCUCCAUUACUGACCAACCAAUCAAGCAAAUAUUUUGUUCGAAUUGCAUGCCGACAUGCACAAAUUUUGACUUUACAAACAAAUGCACAUAAGAGCAUUUAAAACCAAGAUAAACACCAAGUAAACAAAAUCCAAAGACCUUGUUUCAGUUUAGCUUGCGUUGGCCAUACUACCAUAAUUUGUGGCCAGAAUACCCACGCAAUUUUGAUAUCCUGGGGAGAACCCUGGUCACAAGCCGUGUCCGAACCAAUAAACUUCUGCAACGGCAGUGGCUACAAUGAUGAUGAAAAAUACAACUGUUUGACAUUUCCCCGUUGAGGCCAUUAAUACGGACAGGGUAAUAUUAAAUAACAAAUCUGUGCUCAUCUUACUGUGAACAGAGCAUGAAUUUCUUUAGUACACAUAUUUUAUGUGAAUUUAGUGUAUAGGUAUCUGAAGAGUUCAAAAUUAAAGCCACUUAUCCUUGGGCCUAUAAAAAAAAGACUAAACCAAGUCCAGUCAUUAAAUGUUGUUAAACUUGGUUUCUAAUGGCAAUAAGCCACUUCGGAGUUCCAGCUGCGCAUGUCUGUUACUGCUGACAACGGACUUUGUCUAUCUCCCGUGACCUU